UUAACAUUUGUACCAUGAUCAACGCAAAAAGGCUUAUUGAAAUGGCAAGAAAGUGGCAGAAAAUGGCAGCUAGAAAGCGCAAGAGAAUUUCAUACUCGAGGCGUCAAAUUGAUAUGCAUUCUGCAACAACAAACAAGGGUCACUUCGUGGUUUACAGCAUCGACCACAAACGAUUCGAGGUUCCUCUAAAGUACCUUAGCAAGAAGGUGUUUAAGGAGCUACUCAAGUGGUCCGAAGAGGAAUUUGGGUUAUCAUCUAAUGGACCUAUUACGUUACCUUGUGAUAGCCUCUUCUUGGACUACGUAAUUUCUUUGGUUCGUGAACGCAUUUCCGAAGAUGUGGAAAAGGCUUUGAUCACUUCAUUGGUUGCAUGUCACCACGAGGCAUCAUCACCAUCGUCUUUUAAUGGUCUUGGGCAGGGUCGUAACGGCCAAAUGAUUAUUUUUGGCUUUUGAACCCAUUUUCAUUCUUGUGUUUACAAAGUUACAAAUUUAAUUUGUAGAGCCUCUAUUGCUUUCUUCUGAUCGAUGCUUCAGAAAUCAGAACAAAUUUUUGUAAUUAAAUAUGAGAACAAUGUACAAUUUCUCUCUUCUUUUUAUUUUUUCUACCUUCUGAAACCGAUUUCCUUAAUCUUAUUGUGAUAUGAUCCAUACAUAAAUCAUAAAUCCUAAAUUUAUCUAAAAAAAAGGUCAUCUUUUAUAUCCUAGACAAACUAUUUACAUCAAGUAAUACAAGUAAAUUUUCCCUACCAAGUACUUGUAUAUAUGA